AUAAACUUUGCAAGCUCAUCGUCCCGGGGAACCAGCAAUAACAGUAGUUGUAUGUUUGCUCAUUUGAUCCCAAAAAAAGCAAACUUCAAGGAGAAAGGAGCCAAAAAAAGUGUUCUUUUUCGACACCCAGAUUUCAGGUUCAGAAUAUGAUAAUUGAAGAAAUGGGUUACCGUUUAAAUUUAUUUUGGAAUCUCAUAUCUAGUUAUUGUUGGUUUGAAAGGAAAGUUCUUAUUGUUGAGGUUGUGGUGAUUGUAUUAUAGUUGAGGUGUGAAUUUUGGAUUGUUGAUGUGCUUUUAUAGUGAUUGUGGGACUUGGAACGGUAAUUAGGAACCUCAACAAGAGGAUUGGUGCUGUUGAUAGGAAUUCCUGAAAUGUAUAGGCCUGUGGCUACUUCAGAUUCAGCCACGCCGCGGGGUGGAUCGGCUAAUGACAGUGGGGACUCGGUUGUGACUUUAGAUCAAGUUCCAAGGUGGAUUGAUGCUGAGCUUUCCAUAGGUUAUGACAAUGGAGAUUCCUCAUUUUCUACUUCAAGCUUCCCUGAUCCCUUGACAUUCAACUCGGGAACGGAGGGCGGCAGUGGUUGUUCAGUGUCAAGGUUUCCUGUCAACCAUGAAAUUAAUUCGAGGAUAUAUUUGUGGAGGGGGAACCCCUGGAACCUUGAAGUGGAUGCUGUGGUAAAUUCAACAAAUGAGAUCUUGGAUGAAGCACACAGCAGCCCUGGGCUGCAUGCUGCAGCUGGACCUGGUCUUGCAGAAGAAUGUGCAACUUUGGGUGGAUGUCGAACUGGGAUGGCUAAAAUUACCAAUGCCUAUGAUCUUCCUGCAAGGAAAGUUAUCCAUACUGUUGGCCCAAAGUAUGCCAUGAAGUACCAUACUGCUGCAGAGAAUGCGUUGAGUCAUUGCUAUCGUUCCUGCCUGGAACUUCUGAUUGAAAAUGGGCUUAGAAGCAUAGCUAUGGGCUGUAUAUAUACAGAGGGAAAGAACUAUCCCCGUGAGCCAGCUGCACAUGUAGCUAUAAGAACUGUACGGCGGUUUCUUGAGAAGCAGAAAGACAAUAUAACAGCUGUUGUCUUUUGCACUACUAGUACAACUGAUACUGAGAUAUAUAAAAGAUUGCUUCCACUCUACUUUCCUCGGGAUAAGCAUGAGGAGGAGAUGGCUUUGUCAAAACUUCCUGCAGAUGUUGGGGAUGAGAAUGGUGAGACCGUCAUAGAUGAACGUAAAAUCAGAAUAAAGCCUUUGCCUAAAAACAAUGAUUUGAAACCUCCUAAAGCUUCAGUUGAUCUUCCUGUUAGUGAUGUUGGCUUGCUUCGCAGGACUUCAUCAUAUUUAGAUUCUUUUCUGGAUCCUGCCUUCAUGUCUUUGAUUAAAGACCCUGAUGAAAGACGUCUGGAGCAGUGGGAGAAAACUGUUCAAGCACAAAGAGGCUGGAAUUUUGCUAAAUUGCUUGGAUUGGGUGACUUAGGUGCACCUCCACUGUCUGCAGCCGAAGAAUAUUCUCUGCACUCUAGAUAUCUUUCUAAAGCAAAAUCCUUAAACCUGUCUGAAAUUGCCGAAAUGAGAAUUGUCUAUCGUGGAGGUGUAGACAGUGAGGGUCGUCCUGUCAUGGUUGUUGUGGGGGCUCACUUUUUGCUCAGAUGUCUUGAUCUGGAGCGAUUUGUGCUUUAUGUGGUGAAGGAGUUCGAGCCUAUAAUACAGAAACCUUAUACUAUUGUCUACUUCCACUCUGCUGCGUCUCUGCAGACGCAACCAGACCUAGGUUGGAUGAGAAGAUUACAACAAAUACUUGGACGCAAGCACCAGCACAACCUGCAUGCAAUAUAUGUCCUUCACCCAACUAUGGGACUAAAAUUUACUGUAUUCGCACUUCAGUUGCUUGUGGACAAUGUGGUUUGGAAGAAAGUGGUAUAUGUUGAUAGACUACUGCAGCUCUUCAGAUAUGUACCUCGUGAACAGUUGACCAUCCCAGAUUUCGUCUUUCAGCAUGACUUAGAAGUGAAUGGAGGAAAGGGUCUCAUUGUGGAUCCCAGAACAAAAUAUGUUUAUCACAGACCAUGAGCCUUUCAUCUGCAAUUCUUUUAUUAGUUGAUAUAAGAGCAUUACUUGCUGUAGUUUCGUCUUUAUUUGCCUUGUCCAUUAUAUAUGUUUGUGUAUGGAAGAAUUCAUUUUUCAUUUUUGGAAUUUUUGAAGCAUUGUUAAGUUUUCUCUGUAAGUAAAAUAAUAUUAUAUUUUUUUUUCUCUGUAAUCUCCUAAGUAAGUUCUGAAUAUAAUUCAAGGUGAUUUUAAUUU